AUGUCUGAGCAAUCACACACAAAUAAUCCUCCUCACGCCGAAGAAAGCGAAGACGCAUUUCUCGAUCCCGCUGAGGCCGAUGAAGAAAUCCUCCCAGACGAUGACCACCAUAUGGAAGACGCCUCCGAUGAUGAAGACCUCGAAAUCACCCUCCAAAAUGAUUCCACUGCCCACUUCGACAAACACACAGAUUCCUUAUUUUGCAUCGCGCAGCAUCCGGUGCAUCCAUCCAUCGUGAUAACCGGUUCGGGAGAUGAUACCGCAUAUAUCUUCGAUUCCACGUCCACUGAUGACAGACCUUUGUUGCCCAGCAGUUACGAGACAACUCCCCAACCAAGGAAAGAAAGAGAGUCGCUUGAGCCUAUCGCGCAUCUGGACGGGCACACAGACUCGGUAAAUGCGGUUUGCUUUACAGAGCCGCUGGGGGAAUACGCGCUUACGGCCGGAUUAGACGGGAAAUUGAGAGUCUGGAGGGAUACAAGUUCUUCGUUGAAUGGGUUGUCGUGGGAAUUCUUAGCCGACACGCAAGAGGUGGAGGAGAUCAACUGGUUGGCAGUUUGCCCUGCUUCGCAAAAUACAAGUGAAGAGAAAAGGAAUGUGAUAGCGCUGGGCGCGAAUGAUGGAAGCGUAUGGGUGUAUCGAGUCGAUAAACAAGAUACGGAAGCACCACUCUACUUGUUAGCGUCAUUUUUUCAACAUACUGCAUCCUGCACGGCUGGUGCGUGGACUCAGGACGGAAACCUGUUGGCUACGGUCUCGGAAGAUGCAAGUUUCUACGUGUACGACGUCUUUGGUGCUGCUGCGGCUGCUGGUAUUGUUUCAUCCGCGGGUACACAGACCGUUGUUGGUCUAACAGCUCAGGAUCAGAGAUUCGCUGUAGACGGAGGAUUAUAUUCUAUCGCUAUAGCUCCGUCGGGGUCUUUUGCUGCAGUUGGCGGAGCUGAAGGACAUAUCAAAGUUGUCGGCCUCCCGCGCGUGUUAUCCGACUCCAACCAAUCUUCGAAGCAAAAGGGGAAAUCGAAAGGUGGCGCUGGAGCCCCAUCCGCGGGUGGUGGUGCGGGAACAUUGCUGGCCUCUCUCCAAGCUCAGUCGGACGGUGUGGAGACACUAUCAUUCUCUUCACCCCCCCUUACCUUACUUGCCGCUGGCUCCGUGGAUGGUUCAAUAGUUUUGUUCGAUGCUGCUCAUCGAUUCGCCGUUCGACGCCAUAUCCGUGGUGCCCAUGGAGAAUCAGCCGUGGUUAAAGUAGAUUUUGUUCGAGAAGGCGGGGCGGCAGCACGACCUACCGGUCCGGCAUCUCCAGCAUCGGGUAGACCGUGGUUACUAACUUCGGUGGGAAUGGACGGUGUGGUUCGACGAUGGGAUACUCGUGGUGGAACUGCUGCAGCUGGAUAUGGCCUACUCAAGGAAUGGAGAGGCCAUGCGGGUAUCAGUGAGAACGACGAAGGAGAACAGUCUGGGGGUAUCUUGGGAUUUGUGCAUGGUGAUCAAGGAGGGAAAAGAAUAGUGACAGCGGGUGAUGACGGGGUUGCUCUGAUUUUUGAGGAAUAA